AGUCUUCAUCCAAGGAGUUGCGCUGGAACACGGACUCGCACUUUUGGAGCCAAAGUUUGCAGAGUUAAGUUUUCAACGCGCCGCCAAACAGUUGCGAAUCUGCUGCCGUCGCGACGUCGCUGAUGCAGACGCUGUUAUUCUGCGGUUUUUCGAAAGUUACCCAAAGUCGAACAUUUGAGCGCAUUUAUCCACAAGGUCUUUGGUGUUUAGUUGCUAGUUCUAUGACUUACCGAGAAAGUGCUUCAGAUAAGUGUUGAUAAUGUUAGGAGUUAUUCUCCAGCUAGAGCAAGUGUCUUUCGCUUCGUCGAUUUUGGCCUCAUUUAUCAGCCUCAGAAUUUGAAUGUUUUCUUACAUAUUCGUUCAUUUAUUCAAAUCCGGCAAAGAUAAGAUGGAAAACGAACUGCACCGAAUCGAUAACCACACGCUUAAUGAUGUACUGAAUAGGAGCAAUGAGGUCGAUCCGAAACUCUACGAUAGAUAUCUCCUGAAUAAAGCUAUCGAUGAACCCGCCUAUACCAUCCUCAUUAUGAUGUAUUCGUUCCUGAUUAUUUUGGGCACAUUGGGAAAUCUUUUGGUGAUAGUUGCAGUGUUUCGCAAACCCGCAAUGAGAUCACCUAGAAACCUGUUCAUCGUUAAUUUAGCAGUGGCUGACUUACUGCUAUGCACCGUUACAAUGCCGUUAACUCUGAUGGAAAUCCUCACUAAGUACUUUCCUCUAGGCAAUAAUCCUUUUGUCUGCAAAACUAUCGGGAUCCUUCAAGCUACAAGCACCUACGUAUCCACGAUAUCCAUCACGGCGAUCGCUCUGGAUAGAUACCAAGUGAUCGUCUACCCAACUAGAGAAAAUCUCCAGCUUUUUGGGGCAGCCCUAAUUUUGCUGAUCAUCUGGUUAAUCGCUGUGAUGUUGGCAAUGCCCCUAUUUAUCUAUCGGCAUUUACUGCAUCAUGACUUGCCAGGAAUGGACGAAGCCAUACCAAGCCUGGACUUUUGCAUCGAAAACUGGCCGAUUGAGCAUGGUCGUGCCUACUACUCGAUUUUCAGCUUGAUUUUCCAGUACACCUUGCCAAUAAUUAUCGUAUCAGCAGCUUAUUAUCGAAUUUCCUAUAAGCUGCGGUAUCGAUUUCAAGCCGGUUUUGUUAGCGCCGAAGAUAAUCUUCAGAAGAAUCGUCGACAGGAAUUGAGAGGCCGAAGAUUGCAGCGGACGAAUCUUCUGCUGAGCUCAAUUGCCAUUAUUUUCUGCAUCAGUUGGCUGCCUUUGAACUUGUUCAAUCUGAUUGCUGAUCUUUCACCGGAUUCGAAUAAGUUUAGUAGUCAACCAAUGAAGGUGUGUUACGCCAUUUGCCACAUGAUGGGCAUGUCAUCUGCAUGCUCGAACCCAAUUCUCUACGGGUGCCUGAACGAGAACUUCUGGAAGGAAUUCAAGGACAUUCUUUGCAUCGAAAAGGAUGGCGAUGAUGUUGGCCGGCCUUCACAACGGAAUUCGGUACGCAAAAAGUGUCAAAACAGCCUUUUAAAGCCUGAUCUUAUGACGGAUGCCACUAAUUAUCCCCAGUGCAACACAGGCAGUACGGAUUUAACAGUGUUAACGAAAUGUUAGCGAUUAAAGAAUUUCGCAGCGCGAAGUAAUUUGAGCGCUGUGAAUAGCAUGAAUUCGGUUGUUUAGGUUUGUCUUAAUUAAAAUUAUUUGAUGCGAGAAUUGAACGGAAUAUUCAAGAUAUUUUAAUGGGCUUUAAUCAGAAGUUAUUGGGUGUUUUUGAAAUUUUGCACUAAAAGGUAGGCGAAAUUAUUCAGAUGGUCUAUAGAUUUAAAAUUCGAGCCUCGAAAAUCAUUAUCGUGAGCACUUUUAGUCAAAUUGAUAAAACUGUCCAUGAAUUACUUAACGUGAUAGGAACUAAGGACUAGAUAUUUGAUCUCGAAUGAUAAUAUACAUGCAGACAAAAUUCUAAAGUGUUGACAUUUUAAAUUUCAGAAUUUUUAUGCUUUAAUCCCAAAGUGCGUUGAAAAUAUCAGAGGAACCGUUCAACUGUGAUUGUGAUGUGAUGGACUGAAAAGGUAAAGUUACUAAUUUGUUUUUAAUGUUAGGAUUGUCAUGUACCAUUAUUUCGUUUGUGCGGUUUAAGGUUUAAGGCUUUGACGGCGAUGAUUGAGGAAACUUAGUUUUUUUGUUGAUGUUAUUGAAUGAAAAUUUGUAGACAUAAGAAGUUUUUCAACGUGAAACUAAAAUUAUUAUAUGUACCUAAACCGGAAAAUUGUACCUCUGAAAAAUAUAAAAAAACUUCAAAAAUACAUUAAAUGUAAAAUAAUGUACAUACUACCUGGCUGUGCCUCCUUCAUUUAAAUCAUGUCGUCUGUAUAAUCCUUAUGGAUGUAAUUGGUAAUGUUAGUAAGCAAAACUUGGAAACUAUUAAAUAAACGACUUGAAACCAACGAAACGAUCGGCAACAAAAUAAAAAAUUUGCACCAAAAAUAUACGUAUUUACUCUUAUAUUGUCUAAGACUAUUUAGGUGUUUUGUAACUUUUAUAUUAGCCCAUCCUUAGCUAAUUUAGGACUUGUCAGUGUUGUUUAUGUUGCUGUUAUAACGGAUAUAUUUUCAAUUAACAUCGAACCUUGUAAGGAUUUACGAAUUGGUUGGGAAAUUGUCCAAGAAUAGUCAGUCUGGAAGCCACAGCUUUGUGUGCUCAGUCUUUCUGACGGGGUUUUAAAAUAACAACAGCAAACAAUACAGAGUAUAAAAAGUACCUUUUAUUAGCUGAACCUAGUAAUUUGAUAACUUAGUUACAGGCAGUCUAGGGAAUGAAUUCCAACAAAGCAAAAGAGGGUAGCAGUUUUUUUAGGUUAAUGAACUAUAUUAGAUUUGAGGAUUUUAUUUAAGAAGGAGAGAGCUGAUUCAUUAAAAGGCGGUUUUGAGACAGAGGAAGAAAGCAUUGGAAAAUAAAAAAUCUGCGGCGUUUAAGUGGCAGAGUACCAGUUUCUCAAACCAGGUCAAAAUGAUAUAAAACUACUAACCAAUAAUCAAUUUAUUGUUUUCUACUCAUUUAAUUCUAGAAGGUUUCUAGAAUGAUUCUGUGAAAUGAAAUUAGGAGAAUGGUCACAUUCUGCCUGCUGAAAGCCAAAUAAACAGAGCAAUUGACAAUUCUUGCAACGGGAAUUGAAGUUCGGAACUUGUUUUCAUAAGUGCAUCUUUUCGGAUUGAUCCAAAUCCCCUUUAACUAUGCGCUCAUUGUAAAGUGAAAUGCGAUUUUCUGAAAGCAAAAUAUAAAAAACGUAUUGCCAAAUGCUGUUAUUUUGUCUUGGAUUUUAUGGCUUGUAUUUAUUUAUUUUUUCAAUUAACUGAAAAGCGCUUGUUUUGAUAAUGGAUAAACAGACAACAUUUAUGCUUGAUUUCCUGCGGCAAAACUACUGAGAAGCUCUCUACGACAACGGAAAACAAUUCACAAAAGUGCUAGAGCUUAUUUUUUACGUUCUCAACCUCUUUCAAAUUCUUUUUUCAGAAACGCUUGCUUCAAAUAACUGCCCGUCUCAAAUUCGAUCAGAUGAAACUGUUUUUUAUAUAUAAAAUGACCCUUUUCUACAUUGUCAGCGCUCGAUUGAUGAAGGUGUUUACAAAUAUCCACUCAGAGUGUAUCCAUAUGUGCUGGGUUAUUGGGAACAUAUCCAGCUUCAGUCGUUCAAUGUUAAAUUAUUGGCAACUUCUAUCUUUAUAGAGCGGUUUUUUUAUUACCCAAUUAAGAAUCGUUGCAAAUUAUAUGAAAUCAAGCAUCUCAUUAAUAACUCUUAAAUGGGCGCCAGACAAAAAUUUCUUUGUGGGAAGCGCAGCUUGAUUAAUGACCGAUAAAUUGGUUUGCCAUUGAAGGUUGCUAAAACGCCCCUCGGAAAUUUGAGGAAAAUUGAUGUUUCCCAUUUAAAAAUCCAUUAAAAAUGCCAUCAAUGCCGAAAUCUGCACCCUACGAAACUUCCUAUAGUAGAAUGUGACUGGAAAGUGUAGAUUUAGCACUCAGAACAUUUAGAAUGCUGAACUUAAAUCCAUUAAGGAACUCGUUUCGUUGAAGUAAAUUUUCAUACCGAGUGAAUUAAAAAUACUUGAUGUGCUUGAAAAAAAAAACGAAAUUUACAUUAAACAAGUUUUACUUGCCGUGUCCUGCUCAAGUAAACUCUGUUUAUGCGGGAUUAACUUGGAGAUGGUCAAUACCUCACGCAGAUUUCUCAUCGUGAUAUAUUCCCUUCUUGUAACUAAUAAAAUGUUAUUUUUGCUAGAUGGAAUUUUUUGAGAUUGCUUUUGAACAAUCAUUAACAUUUUAGGAAAGGUUUAGACUGGGCAUAAAAUAUUGACUAGGGUUUAUAUGUCGGUACUUCACAACUUAAAAAAAAUAUUUCCAUGUUCAUCCCUAUGAAUUGCUUAAAUCAUUCAAGUGCUUUCAAGGGUUGUUUUUGUCGUUGAAAAUAUAUCCAGCGAUCAAAACAUCGUCGAGCCCAAGAUGUUCUUGAUCCAAAUGUAUUCUGUAUAUUAUAAAUGUAAGUGUUAGACAAUAAGACUAAUAUUAUGUUGUAUUAAUUCGUUCAGUUGAUAAAAAAAUGCAUUUGACGUCAUUCUUUAUACAUACAUAUGUGCUGUGUAUAGUAUUAGUUACUAUAAGCUAGUGUCAAUUUAUUUGUUUAAUUUAAGAUAGUUUUAAUCCGUAUGUUAUUAAAAUUUAUAUUGUGUAUCUAAAAACUGUAUAUUUCAAUUGAAUUAUUACAAUAAAGGAUAGUUUCGUAUA